CACUUAUGCCCUCAGACGUCUCGAACCCUUCGCUUGCUUAUAAAUCUAUAACAUGUUAAGUGAUCUCUCUCGUUUCUUAUUUUUACUCUCUCUCUCUCUCUCUCUCUCUCUCUCUCUCUCUCUCUCUCUCUCAUUUUCCUUUGUCUGUACACCUACACAAUCGAAUGGGAAAACCAAAGCUCAGAGCCUCCAUUAAAGCUCUCCACCAAGCUCUCUUCAGCUUCAGACAACCAGGUUCCAAAACCAUGACAUGGGUCUGCAUCCAGCAGACCAAAACCCAUUCCUUCAGAGAAGUCUACAAGAGCUUCAAUUCCGUGUAUUCUUCUUCUUCAACAGCUUCCACUUCAACAGAUCUCUGCAGCCUCAAAGAUGAGACAGACCGACCCGAAACCGCUCGCAUUCUUUCGGCUUCUUCCUCUCGUCCUUCCGCUGCUGAAGAAUCCUUCUCCGCCAGCUCCUCUUUGACCGAGUCCGAUGAAAGUUACCGGGCGGAUGAUGACGAUUCAGUCCUGAAAACCUACAUCAGCUCCAAGAGAUUCUUCUUCUCUCCCUGCACAACGAAAUCGAUAAUGGGGGAAGAAGACACAUCGGCAGAGGUGAAAGAUGAAAUGGGUCUCGCGGAAAUUGGGUUUUCAGACAAUCGCUGGAUGGAAACAGGGGAGGAGAGAGAAGAGGAGGAGGAGGAGGAGAGAAGAGGAGAAUGCAUGAUGCUGGAGCUGAGUUUUGGCAAGGACAGCGUGACAAUGGCAUUGGCAUCGUUGGAUCCAUACAUGGAUUUCAGGGUGUCGAUGGAGGAGAUGGUUGAAGCUCAUGGGCUGAGGGAAUGGACUUGCUUGCAGGAGCUCUUGCAUUGCUAUCUGAGUCUCAAUGACAAGAGAACCCACAAAGUUAUUGUCUUGGCUUUUGUAGAUUUGCUCAUGAGCCUCAUUACUGAUGAACCCAACAACUGCUGCAACAAUAACAACAACCACAGCCGCAGCUACAACAAGGAGAGAUGUUUUCCUCUGCCUCUCUGUUUAGAUGUGUGAGGAAAGAAAAGAAGAAAAAAGAGCUGUUUCUUUUCCUAUCUUUUUUCUCUCUUUUUUUUUUU